CCUAUUUUGAAAGGGACAACAUUUUAAAAGAGGAAUUCCAAUAGUUUUUUUUAUCUUUAACGAAGUUUAGUUUAGAAAGAACUUGUAACGGGUUUUUUGUUUGCGUAAAAAAUCAUCUCCCAGCGGACGUACCAUGGCGCACAUGUGCAGGCACCUGACCGGCUCGGUGGCGAGCUGCGCGGGCUGGGUCAGCCUCAUCGUCGCCACCUCCACCAACGACUGGGUGACCACGUGCGACUACAGCCUGGCGACGUGCGUGCGCCUGGACGAGCUGGCCACAAAGGGCCUCUGGGCCGAGUGCGUGAUCGCGCCUGCGCUGUACCACUGCGUGUCGCUCAACCAGAUCCUCUCCUUACCAGCGUACCUCCAGACGUCCCGGGCCCUGAUGAUCGUGGCCUGUCUGCUGGGGCUGCCCGCCUUGCUGCUGGUCGUGAUGUCACUUCCCUGCGUGCGGCUGCCCAACGACACGACCGCCGUCAAGCGGCGCCGUGCCCUGGUGGGCGGGAUCCUCAUCCUCAUCAUGGCUGUCUGCGGGGCCGUCGCCACCAUCUGGUUCCCGGUCGCCACCAACAUGGAGAAAGCUCUGAUGGCGUUCGGCUUCUCGCUGUACACCGGCUGGGUCGGCGCCGGCCUCUGCCUCUGCGGCGGCUCCAUCAUCCUCUGUUGCCAUGGCAGCGGCGCUGCCCUGCCGAUCCGGGAGAACAGCUUCUACUACUCCAGACAGUCGGGCCGGGCCGCGCCCCUCGACCCGCCCGCCAACCACGCCAAGAGCGUGCACGUGUGAGCGCAAAGGCAUGCUGGGCAAUGGAGUCAGGAGAACUCUUUGUGCUCAGCGAGUGAUCGAUUUUUAAACGCAGCGUAAGACGCCGUUCUUCCACCGCGAUUUCACAUUUCCAUCUCUUUUCUUUAUUGGUUGAUUUUAUGAGGAAACCGUCCCACGAUUCCCGUGUAUUGUGCCGUAAGACCGGGCAUGCAGGGCAAGGUGUUAGGUACCACAGGGGUCUCCUCCCGUUGCUAUGGGUUACGAUGCCUCGUCCCCAUCGGGCCCCGUCGGGCCCCUAGUAUGUAGUGAUAAAAACAUGUUGCCAUGCCUCGCCCAUGUGUGAAUAAAUGUAUGGGUUCAUCUUACGGUCUUACUUACCAUCUGGUUCUUCUUUUUCUUUUAUCAUUGCUUAUAAAAUGUGUGUCUUUGGAUCGCCUCAUUAUUUCAUAAAUGUCGUAAUUUUUUUUGAUUUACCAACAUGCCGUAUGGUAUGAGUUAUAUCGUUAUGCUCUUCAAAGCUUUUGUAAACGUGCUUCACGGUAUACAAAGUGCUACAGGCAGGUUAGGAGACUAUUCCACAGUUUCAACGCUAUAACGGUGAUCUGUUGUGUGGCUUUCUCUGAUGAUUUCAAGGCGGUACGUGUUAAUACCUCUAUAGGGUCAUUUCAGGGGUGAGAGGAUCAACCAAGACGUGGACAGUGGACUGGAUAUCGGAGUCACAGACAGCUCGCCUGCUCACUCCCUUAUCCAGUCGGAGGUCUUUGACAGGGAACCGGGCCCUGGGACAGCGGGCCUCGUCCCAGGACCGGGCCCGAUCUGAGGGCCCCCAGGAGUCAUGUUUGGGGAACCAUCACUCCCACUCCUGCGGUGGUACCCUGGUCCAAAGUCCUACUUUUUAAUUGCUUCUUUAAUUGCUUUUCUCAGUAUCCCCAUCUUUUUCUAAAUUUUCUUAAUUUUUUUCUUGUAGUGUUUCAAUUAUUGUUUUGGGGAUUACUCAUUCUCCAUAGUUUGUUAUCUCACUUUUUCUUCUUUUAUCACCUAACCCCAGAACCAAAUUACAAACCUAACCCCGAAAGGAAGCUAUAACGGUGUGUUCAUACCAAAAACAAAGCAAAUAUUCAAUUUGCGCUACUCGUGCAAAGGAUUCAGUCAAGUGAAAUUCACGCCACGGUCAAAUAUUUCAAGUCUAGCAAUGCAAAUUUACCGGGUCAUGACACGAACUUCAACACAAAAAAAUGUGCAUUUAUUUGCAUCUUUGGAUUGAUGCCAAAAAAAUCUAUUAGCUUUUGUUGUGACAGCACCAUUGCCCUAUUUUGUUACUUUGAUCUUAUGUUAAAUAUAUUUGGUAAUAAACAAGCAAUGUUUAUGUUGUGCAACGCAAAUAAGUUACCAUUGUGCUUUAUAGAUACUUUUUUUGUUUAUUCAUCGAUUUGUAUGUUUUAAAUGAACUUGUCAUUGUAUAUGAAUAAAGAAA